CCUUGAUGCGGGAGUAGCGGAUAGCAGAAUUCCCGUCCCAGCCCGGAGCGCGGUCCGGGUUCUUUCGUCUCGUCCUGCUUUUUGCUCCCCCCCCCUUCGCCUCGGACUCCCAACGCGCGCGCAAAUACACACGCCCAGCCCAGCCCACUCACGUCGGGCGGACAGGAUGAGUACUUGCCCUCGGCGGCCGUGUUGACGUCCCCCCCGCGGCGGUGAGCGAUGGAAUGGGCGGAACGCGGCAGGCGGCUCGUCAUCUGGGCCGCGGUGAUGUGGGCGCUGGCGGCCGCGGCCGUCGUGCUCCGCCUGAUCUCGCGCGGCCGCAUUCUCCGUGUGCUGGGGCCGACGGAUUGCUUGAUUGUUCUUACGUUGGCCUUUUCACUCGUCAACACCAUCGCUAUCGGAUUCCAUGUCGCCCACGGGCUGGGCCACCGCAUCGCGGACCUCGGCUGGGAUGAGAUCCGGGUCUUCUUCCAGGUCAUGUACUACGAGGUCAUCGCCAACAUGCUGAGCCUCUCCCUGACCAAGAUCUCGGUGCUGCUGCUGUUCCUCGACAUCUUCGUCGUCAGCUGGGUCCGGCGCGUGGCGUACAUUCUCCUCGUCGUGGCGACGCUCUGCGGCCUGUUCACGCUGCUGACCAACAUCCUCUACUGCAUCCCCGUGUCGGCCUUCUGGGACUUCACCAUCGUCGACCGCCGCUGCAUCGCCGUGCCGCUCAAGUACUACAUCGACGCCUCGCUGAACCUCGCGCUCGACUUCGCCAUCCUGUUCCUGCCGCUGCCCGUCAUCUGGCCCAUGACGCUGCCGUGGCGGCAAAAGCUGUGGCUGUACUCGAUCUUUGCCCUCGGGUUUUUCAUCUGCAUCAUCUCGGUGCUCCGUUUCCACUUCAUCAACAUCAGCCUGCUCACCAGCGACCCGACCUACACGGGCAUCUACCUCAUCUACUGGUCCAUGAUGGAGAUCAACGUAGCCAUCAUCAUUGCCUGCGUCCCCACGCUCAAGCCGCUGGUGGUGAGACUCUGUCCGCGGCUGCUCAAUACGCGGCGCAGCUGUGAGUCGGACGAGCCGGACGGGUCCCCGCACCCGCCUACCAUUUCAUCGCCUCCCCGGCAGCCUCUGUCUCCGGAGAUGCGGCAUUUCUAGAUUUCAAUUUUUUUGUUACUUCUGUUCGAGCUUAAACUCUAUAGAGCUAGGGUACCUUACCGAUGCCUCGUUAUCGCUAAUACGAAAUAAUGUGGAGGGGAAUG